UCGAAAACGAACUACGAUUAGAAGUAUGACACCAAAGCAAACGCACGUGCCGUUGUUUAAUUGUUAUUGAAUUUUUAAAAAUAAAUUACACUUCCGGUGAAGCUCUCAAAGUGUUAGCAUAUCGUUUCGCACUAGUGCGAUAAAAUUUUGUGUAUUUCUGUUCGCGGAAGAAAAAUUUUUUCUCGUCCUAGAGUGGAUCCGUGUGGCGACGCCGCGAAACAUCAUCGGGAGUCAAUGUAAAAGAAUUUACAAUCGAAAAAUAUAAAAUAAUCGAAAAUAAUAAUACAACCAAACAUAACCUACAAGAAAAUAAAUGAACAACACGUGCAAAAAACACAAUCGAAUUAAAACACAAAAUUAAAUUAUAAACAAACAAUACAAAGGCAAGAUGGGCCAUUACUGGCCUUAGCCUGUCACGUUAGUGACACAGCAAAUAAAAAAAAAAAAAAAAUAAAUUAGGCUUGAUCCACUGCUUGCAAUAAUUGGUAGUGCUCUGGAACAAACUGGAAUAGAGUAGUUCGUUUCUUGUUGCAACUAGUAACAAACAAAAGCAAACAGGAAAUUUAUCGCACUUCAGAAAAAAUAUAAAGUAAACCUACUGAUUGUUGCUGAAGUAAUUCCUUCCAACAUGACCACAGAUCGGAAGUUUGUAGACCUUGGUCUGAAAUCAUGGAUAACAAAACAAAUGGAGAAACUAGGACUUCGACGCCCAACACCAAUUCAGGCAGCGUGUAUUCAACCAAUCUUAGAAGGGCGCGAUUGCAUAGGUGCAGCUAAAACUGGUUCUGGAAAAACAUUCGCCUUUGCACUGCCUAUAUUGCAGAAGCUUAGUGAAGAACCAACGAGUAAUUUUGCGCUUGUUUUGACACCGACUCAUGAACUGGCUCAUCAAAUAGCGGAACAGUUUUCGGUGGCAGGGCAGCCAAUGGGCGUUAAAGUUUGCGUAGUGACCGGUGGUACAGAUCAGCUACUCGAAGCACAACGAUUACAAAAUCGACCACAUAUUGUAGUAGCAAUGCCAGGACGAUUGGCUGCCCAUUUGUCCGGAUGUAAUACUUAUUCAUUCCGGGCCUUACAAUUCUUAGUUGUCGAUGAAGCCGAUCGUGUUCUAAGUGGAAAUUUCGAUGAAGAUUUAGAAGUAAUAGAAAGAUUUUUGCCGAAAACGCGACAGAAUUUGUUUUUUUCUGCUACUUUGAAAGAAUUGAGCCGAGAAAACAACGUGUUUCCGAUUAACACGAAUGCUUUCGAGUGGUCUGAGGAAAGCAGUGUGGCAACAGUAGAAACACUAGAUCAACGAUAUAUUCUUUGUGCAGACUAUGAUAGGGAUAUGGUGUUGAUUGAAACUUUGCGAAAGUUCAAGGAGGAACACGAAGCUGCCAGUGUAAUUAUUUUUACCAAUUCCAAAAAGGAUUGUCAAGUGCUGUCGAUGACAUUGAGCACUAUUGGAUUCAACAAUGUAUGUCUUCACGGAUUCCUGCGACAGAAAGAACGAGUUGCGGCUCUAAGCAGAUUCAAAUCGAAGCACGUUCGAAUUUUAAUAGCAACCGAUGUUGCCAGUCGCGGUUUGGAUAUUCCGAGCGUCCAACUGGUUCUAAAUCAUCGAUUGCCAAAGGUUGCUAAUGAGUACAUCCACAGGGUAGGUCGCACAGCCCGUGCGGGACGAAGUGGUUUGGCCAUUUCUAUUUUCCGGUUUCCCCGAGACUUGGAGUUUCUUGGAGAAAUAGAGACACUUAUUAAUACUAAGCUGACGGAACAUCCGAUCGAUCAACGUCUGGUGGAGCGCAUCUUCAUGCAAGUCAGUGUGGCUCGUAGGGAAGCAGAAAUGAACUUGGACAAUAAAGAUUUCGACGAGCGACAAAAUAAUUACAGACGAAAGAAGUGGAUUGAACAAGGGCUGGAUCCAGACGAGAUGGAAGAAAAAUGGAAACAGGAAAAGGAAUCACGAGCCGCUCAGAGGAAAAUGCGUUUAAAAUUGGAAAACGAGGAACGAAAAAGAAUAGCAAAUUUGGAGCUCAAAGACGAACGAUUUUUAGAAGCAGUGGAAAAUAAAAAAUUCAAAAAACGAAAAUUUGUCAAGGCGGAUCAGUUAGAUGAGUUGAUUGAAAAGAAAAACAAAACUAACGUUUCUUCGAAAAAAGGCAAAUCCAAAAAAAGAAGCUUAAAUAAAUUGAUCAAAUAACGAAAAA